UAUCGUUGUAUUCGCAUCGUGUGGAGAUAGACCCGGAGGUUCAGAGCUCCUGCCAUCUUUGUAAGGUGACGACCUCCCAGAAAAAAAGCACAGCCCGUACAACACAACACGUGACAUCCAUGGGUAGAGCCUGUCGUAUUGUCAACGAGCCUCCUCCAACAGGCUGCAACGAAGCAGCCUUGUUAGCAACGGCACUACUUCUUACACUACUUACAGACUAUACUCUGCUUGAAGAGGAUUCGGAAGAAUCUGACGAAGAAAGCUGGGAAAACAACAGGCAAAAUGGUUAUGAUGGUCGGAAGAUUGGGCAGCCUGGUCGCCCACCAGCACCAGAGGCGCGUGCACCGAUUGCGACAAUUGAGGAAAUUGACUGCUUCGAUGGCGACAUCCAACAGUCAGCAAGCGAAGAAUCAUCAGGUGACCCAUCAAGUGCCACAUCACGGCAGCACUUGCUGUCGCUUCAGCGGCGACAACAACGGGGACAACCGCACUGUUCCUCCGAACAACGCACUACCUCGCUCGGAUCCGGGCCAGCAGCGAGACGCGGCAAGAAGAAACGCCGCAGCAGCUCAACGACACAGAGGCUAGAGCUUCUCUAGUGAUGCGGCAAUGCGAGAGCUACUCCCAUGUCUCCAUGACCUAUAGAGCGUACAGUGUUUGAAAUAAUCAGUAGCUGUGGGCGACUACAGCUUCGAGAUUGUAGAGUACCAAUACAGAAGUCUACUGGUAUGGUACUGGAGGCCUACUGCAAAAAUAACUUCUCUUUCCUUUUUCUUGCCACUCCUUGCCUUUCAAGAUUAGAAAAAUAAAGUUUUGUGUCUCGCUCUGGUGAUGACGAGACCUACGAAUCGACCACGAAUAAGAACGAAUAAAUUUCUUUUCGGGUCACUAG